GGGAUAAAAUCACGGCCAUUGAGCUCUCAUGUCCUCCGGAAGGGUUUUUUAGUCAUUGCUAAUCCUUCCCUGCACGGAGGACGUGGAGCUCUGCCGUCUGAAGGCGGCAGUCCUUCCGAUCUCCUCUUCCUUUCCGGAGGCGGUUCCAUUCUCACCAUUCACCUCUUCUCCUUUUUCUAGUUAGGUUUUUUUAAUUAGUUAAAUCUCGGGAGGUCUUUUGUCUUUUUCAUUGAAAAUGUUGUUGAAGAUCAAAAGGGUUCUGACACUUGUGUCGAAUCACCAGAAAGAUGAGACAGCGGAAGAAGAAGAAGGCGAAGGAUGUGGUCGGAAUAUUCUUAGCAAGUGUUGUAUAAAUGGGGAAAGACUUCCUUUGUAUACAUGCAAACCUGCGGAAGAGAAUGUAACGUUCCUCGAAUCCGUACUUCUUGGAGAGUGGGAAGAUCGGUUUCAAAGAGGACUAUUUCGUUACGAUGUUACAGCCUGUGAAACCAAGGUUAUACCGGGGAAGUACGGUUUCAUAGCGCAGCUAAACGAAGCUCGUCAUCUCAAGAAGAGGCCAACAGAGUUCCGUGUUGAUCAAGUUCUUCAACCAUUUGAUGCUAACAAAUUCAACUUCACUAAAGUUUCUCCAGAAGAGUUGCUUUUCCAGUUUGAAGCUAAUAUGCCUUUAGACGCUGAUAACUCUCCAAGAGUCGUUGCAAUCAAUGUGAGUCCGAUUGAGUAUGGACAUGUGUUGCUGAUUCCUCAAGUUUUUGAUUGCUUGCCUCAAAGGAUUGAUCACAAAAGCCUUUUGCUAGCUCUUCACAUGGCUGUUGAAGCCGCUAAUCCGUAUUUUCGGGUUGGGUACAAUAGUUUAAGUACAUUUGCUACCAUCAACCAUCUUCACUUUCAGGCUUACUACUUGGCAAUGCCAUUCCCUAUAGAGAAAGCUCAUUCGUUGAAGAUCAGUACCACCAAUGACGGCGUCAGAAUCUCAAAGCUCAUGAGUUAUACUGUGAGAGGUCUUCUCUUUGAAGGUGGAAACUCCAUCAAAGAUCUCUCUGUUGCUGUAUCAAACGCAUCUGUUUGCCUUCAGAACAACAACAUUCCUUUCAACUUUCUCAUUUCUGAUUCCGGAAAACGGAUCUUUCUUCUCCUUCAGUGUUAUGCAGAGAAACAGGCACUAGGGGAAGUUAGCUCAGAGCUGUUGGAUACGCAAGUGAAUCCAGCGGUCUGGGAGAUGAGUGGUCACAUGGUCCUGAAGAGGAAAGAAGAUUACGAAGGAGCUUCGGAGGAGAAAGCGUGGAGUCUACUUGCUGAAGUCUCUUUAUCAGAGGAGAGGUUCAAAGAAGUUAACACCAUGAUAUUUGAAGCAAUUGGUUGUAGUGGUGAAGAAGAAGAAGAGCUUGAAGAGGAGAGUUCGAUAAGAGUGAAUUGUUGCACUUGAGUGAAAGGAGACGUAGUUUGAAAUAAGCAGUCACUAAACUCUCUUGGCGAUUCUUGUGUUUGAACGUUUACAGUUUUUUUGUUUGUUUAUGAUGUUUAUUAGUUGCUUCCA